GCCAACCCCUCCUCCCCCAUGCCAGUCGCCGCCACCGCCUCGCCUAGUAGCACCUGCACGGCGAUCCCCGGCGUCGCCUCCGCCCGCUGCACGUUCCACCACCUCUGCCUUUGUUCACGGUGUCCACCACCCACCGUCUCCCGUCCUACCUCCUCGUCCUCCUCUUGAACCGCCGUCGUCGCCUCCCCUGUUCCUCCCCCUGGCAUAAAGUCGAACGGCCCCAGAAAAAGUGACGCCCACCGCGUGUUCGACGGAAUGCUGACCGAAUCCUAGGAGCAUUUGGUUUCUUGCCCAGUGUAAUUAAACAACGCCCGCCAGGCCCAGGCCGCCACCCGUUCGACGGAAUGCCGAAGAGGUGCAAGCGCAGCAAGAAAGCGGUCGUCGAUGCCACCGGAGAGGACCGCAUCAGCGCCCUGCCUGACGCUAUCCUCCAGGUCGUGUUGUCCUUCCUGCCCUCGGACGAGACGGUGCAGACGUGCACGCUCUCCCGCCGCUGGCGUCACCUCUGGAAGUCCACGCCCGCCCUACGCAUCCUCUAUACUGAUCUGAGGUACUGGAGUGUCAAGGAGAUGAAUGUCUUCGUGAACUACCUCCUGCUCCUCCGUGACCGCGCGCCAUUAGAUGAGUGCGAGAUCAGUUACCGUGGUCAAUUCAGCGACGAGGAACACGCUGACAUAGUUCGGUUCUCUGGUAUGUGGAUCCACUACGCCCUGUCACUGUGCCGAGCUCAGGUGGUCAAAGUCAAUGUGGGAAUCCCCCUGACGCAUGGCAACUCGGCUCUCGUCUCACGGUUCCUCAGGAGGCUGGAGCUUCGUGGAGUUAGUUUGUGUGAACAUGCUAUAGACUUCUCAGGCUGCCCCAAACUGGAGGAUCUGAAUCUGCGCUAUUGCGCAAUCAAUGGCCACAAGAUUUCAGCCCAAUCAGUGAGACGUCUAAGCAUCAUUCAAUGUGCUAUCAAUCUCGAUUCUGAUACCCGCAUACGUAUUUCUGCCCCAUGUCUCGUAUUCUUGCAACUAGAUGGUGUUAGAGGAGGUGUUUCUUUGCUUGAGAGCAUGACAUCAUUGGUAACAGCAUACAUCAGGCUUGGUGGAAGUUACUUGGAUUCCUGUUCACAUGUAGAUUACAGGGAUUGUGAUGAUUGUUUAGCCUAUGAUGAUGAUGGUGGUGGUGGUGACGGCAAUGGCUGUGUGCUCCUUCAAGGCCUGUCAGGCGCCACCAGUUUAGAGUUGAUUACUACCGACCGUGAUGUGUUCAUUUUCAGAAAGGAUUUGAAACGGUGUCCUACAUUUAGCAUGUUAAAGACAUUAUUGCUCAAUGAGUGGUGUGUGGCGGCUGAUUUUGGUGCACUAGCUUGCUUUCUCCAGCACACGCCAGUUCUAGAGAAACUUGUUCUUCAACUUCGACUUGAUGUGUUAAAGAUAUGGAAGUUUGUGACAAAAAUAUAUGAAAGCUAUAACCCAACGGUACAAUUCUUGGUGUUGAAGCAUCUCAAGGUAGUUGAAAUCAGAUGUGAGAAGGAAGAUGAGCAGGUUCGCCAGAUUGUUAAGAUCUUGAGUACCUUUGGAGUAUCUUCUGAUCGAAUUGAUGUCCAAGUUAUCCAACAUACCUACUUUUCCGAGUUUUCUCCAAGAUUCAGUUUCGAGCAAACAUAGACCCUGGAUUGAUGGUGCAUAUUCAAUCCCCUGAUCACUUAGAUAUGUGUGUCGUAAUUUGCUGCUAUGGGUUUAUCAGAUGUUCUGCCAGUCUUGUUCUUUUGGAAUAUCAAUUCUGAGAUUAGCAUGGCAUCCAUGGUAGCUCAGAAUAAUUAUGCGGUAAAUAGACUGUUAUGGUAUCACAUGGUAAGCUUGUUUACUUUUGGUGAGGAUGGCUGCUAUGCAAUGGUUGUCCAAGGUAAAAUAUUUGACAGGUU